CGCGUAAAGGAGGCUUCCUUUGGCCAGCUCGGACUCCAGCGAGCAUAGUCCUUCAGCUCGCGUUGGGUCGUGAGCACGCGCGGCAUCGUCCGGUUUAUUCAGCACCAGCAUCAGCAGGAGCAGCAGGAGCAGCCACCGUGGUGGGGCGACGUGCGUGCGUAAAUCCCCCGUUUCACAUCUUUCCACAGGUGUGUACGUGUGCCUGUGCGCGUGUGUGUGUCGCGGUCGGUUGUGCUUGGUUGAUUGUGGCUCGAUUGUGGCUGUCGCGGCUCAUCAUCAUCAGCAGCAGAAGCAGAAGCAAAGUGUGUCUCCCUAUUGAUUCGUGCGCGAGAAGUGCCGUGACGUUGUGCGUGUUUUGUGCGUUUGUGUGUGGUUAACAAACAACCCAACAAUGCUGGAACGGCGGGAGCAGCGGCCAGCUUCGUCACGAUACCAUAUGGUAGCAUCCAGCAGCAACAACAGCACCAGGAGCACCAGCAACAGCAUCCCUCGCAAAAGCAAUAACCUGCCGCCGUUAGUCAUCAUGAGCUGCUGUUGGGUGUUGGUGGUACUGUGCGGAUGCCUGGCCAUCGGUGGUGUUCCGUUGGCCAGCGGGCUUCCCGAGGGUGGUGGCGAUUUCCCGGUGGGACGGUUCCCCUUCCUGAUGCCCAAAGUGGUACCCUACAAGCCCGAACUCUACCUCUGCACACCGGUCAAGGUGGAUUACACCAAGAGCUACUAUAUCGUGGGCUUCGAACCGAAUGCAACCAUGGCCACCGCUCACCAUAUGCUACUGUACGGGUGCGAUACUCCCGGAUCGGAGUCGGCCGUGUGGAACUGUGGCGAGAUGGCAGGCGCUAGCGAGUACAGCCACAGUCCGUGUGCGAGUGGCGCACCGCAACAGAUCAUCUACGCUUGGGCCCGCGAUGCGCCGAAACUGGCGCUACCGGAUGGGGUUGGCUUUAAGGUGGGCAAGGAUUCACCGAUUAAGUACAUCGUGCUUCAGGUGCACUACGCACAUAUUGACCAUUUCAAAGAUGGCAAAACGUCGGACGAUUCGGGCAUCUUCAUCCACUACACGACGCAGCCACAGCCGAAGCAAGCGGGCGUGAUUCUACUCGGUACCGCCGGCUAUAUCCGCCCAAUGGCCACCGAGUACAUGGAGACACUGUGCGACGUGACGGAGGAUAAGGUGAUCUAUCCGUUCGCCUACCGGACGCACACACACAGCCUCGGCCGGGUAGUGUCGGGCUAUCGGAUCCGUAAGGACGAAUCCGGUGACGACCACUGGACGCUGCUGGGUAAGCGGGAUCCCCUGACGCCCCAGAUGUUCUAUCCGGUGGAAAAUAGUGAACCGAUCCGGAAGAACGAUCGACUAGCCGCACGCUGCACAAUGGAGAGCAAUCGUACCCGGGUGACCAAGAUAGGUGCCACGAACGAGGACGAGAUGUGCAACUUCUAUCUGAUGUACUUCGUGGAUCAGGGUGAACCGCUGCAGAUGAAGUACUGCUUCAGCAAUGGUCCACCGUCGUUCCAUUGGACCAACCAGGAGACGCAGCUAAAUCACAUUCCCGACCUAGACGCGAGUACGCUGUAAGGGGUCGUAGGGUCAUCUGUCGUGCGUUAACCGCGUUCCCUCACGCCCUGCCCUUCGUUGACAGCAGCGAUGGAGUUUUGCCCCGUUCAGCGCUCUUCACCCUCAUUCGCCCGAUCAAGGGACGAGAAUCUGCGUGUGCCCGUUCACUUUGCCGGAGUACGAAUGUCCAUAUCACAAUUUUAAAACGCUGCAGAAACAAAUCCACUCCCCGGUAUAAUGGGAUGAGAAGAGAACGAUAGAGGAGGAAAACUGUAGGAAAAACCAAAACGCACUGGGCAGUUGGCGCAGAGUUGUUCUUUUGUGCUUCCCGGCGGCAGCAAGCAGUUGCUAGGUUACGGUUAUGUUGCGCUGAAAGAUUUCAUUCUAGUCAACCGUAUGGGGAGCAGCGCACCUGUGGCAUCCUGUAGGUUUGCAAUGGCUUUUAUGGAGCGUGGAGUUAUCAGGAUAAUCAUGGAAAGAGGAUGGUAAGGCUGGAGAAUGAAGACUUUUGCGGAACCGAUGGUACAACCACGAUACAGUGGCAUGGAUAGAGAUGGUGCGGUGCGCAGAGGGAGAGAGAGGAGGGAAGGUACUUACAAGAUAUAGCAGACACGAUUCCGGCGGCAUCCGAUGUCCUCCAUCGGAGCAGUGACCCAGGCUCCCUCACUGGAUGUUGGUAUAUUUACUUGAUCGUGUGCUGCGACGAUUUAAAGCUUGUUAAUGAAUAGAGCCGGAUGGGAAGCGAA